AUGUGGGCUUUGAAUGCACCUCUUGCAAAGGAUCUCCUUCAUCCCUCUCCAGAGGAGGAGAAGAGGAAACACAAGAAGAAGCGCCUGGUGCAGAGCCCCAAUUCCUAUUUCAUGGAUGUGAAAUGCCCAGAAUGCUAUAAAAUCACCACCGUCUUUAGCCAUGCACAAACAGUUUUGUGCGUUGGCUGCUCUACUGUCCUCUGCCAGCCUACAGGAGGAAAAGUAAGGCUUACUGGAGGAUGCUCCUUCAGACAGAGGCAGCACUAA